GCUUGACAAGCAAAGGAAGCUGCAACCAGAAGCUUGAAGGCUUGGGUAUAACCCAACACCCACUACAUCUUGUCGAGUCCUGCUGCUAUCACUGCCCAGCGGGAAGGGUCCAGUCUGUUCUGACACAUGGAAGAUCCAGUAGUCACCUUCAGUCCACUGUUCCCCAUAAAGGCCUCUGAAGCCAGAGCUUCCUCUUAGACAAGACCCAGGCCAGCACCGGUACAGAGAGUUCUCCAUUAGCCGCCAGCAUGCGGCCACUGCUCCCAUCUCCUUUCCACAUGGCCACUGUAGUCCUGCUCUUCCUGGUGCCCAAUGGCAAAGCCUUUAUCCGUGCAAUUUACAACCGUAACUCCACCAGCCAAGAUUUCACUGCUCUCCCUGCACUCUUUGGGCCUCCGCUCCCCAGCAAGGGACUUACAGGUUAUCUGAUCGAGGCGAUGCCUGCCAACGCCUGUCACCCUAUCAAAAGCCCGCCAGCACCUCGCAACUCCUCCAUGGACUUCAUUGCGCUCAUCCGCCGCUACGACUGCACUUUUGGUGCCAAGGUCCGACAUGCUCAGCAAGCCGGGUACCGAGCUGCCAUCGUGCACAAUGUGAACUCACAAGCCCUUGUGGAUAUGGCAAUUGGCAUGGAAGAGAUUGGGCAGCGGAUCGAGAUACCUUCUGUCUUCACUGGGGAAGCAACCUCCAAGCUCUUGAGAAAGGUUUGCAGCUCUGAGGAAGGAGCUCACAUCAUCCUUGUCCCUGAAUACUAUCACUUUGCCUGGGAGGAGGAUGCGGGGAACGGCUGCCCGCGUGAUUGCAGGUGCCGGCUGCAGCUGCUGGGACACUGCUCCCAUGUCCCGAUUCUUCCAGUCUGCAGGGCAAUUAGCAUCCUGGUGGCCAUAGUGACAGGCAUCCUGCUCAUUGUGAAAUACAUAAUGGGGUACCACAUCUGGAGGAAGAGGAGAAACCCGCGAAGAGAGGAGCAGGGGAAGGAGUCCUCCACCAACACGUUUAACAGAGGCGCCAAGUACACAGAAUGUGCCAUCUGCCUGGAGACAUAUGAAAAGGGAGACAUGCUGAAGAUCCUGUCUUGCUCCCAUGCCUAUCACAGCAAAUGCAUAGACCAAUGGCUCUUAACCCAGACCUGGAAUAAGACCUGCCCUCUCUGCAUGCAGAGGGUGACUGUGGCAACAGAAAGUCCUGACUUGUACAUAGAGGGAUGUAUAGAGGAGGAGGGGGAUGAGGGCAACCAGGAGGAGGAGGAAGAUGGACACAACAGGGAAUGGCACUAAUGGAGCCACUCCCAGGACGGCCAAACCAAAAUCUGACUAACAUAGUUCUGCCAAACGCAGACUCCCCCAUACUCUCAGCUUCCCCUUCCAUCCUCCCUCUCCACUCUAGCUCUGGCCUAACUUUAUUGGGAAUCAUUUUAGCUCAGCAUGGACCCAGAAAGACAUGGAAAGGGAAGAGCAGCAGAGGCAGAUGGUGAUGAGCAGUGGAACACCUAAUGCACUUCCUUUGCUCUGCUUAUCUUGGGCAGCAGGUUGAAUCCAAGCUGGUUUUAGGACGGUGAGACUCUGCUGAAGUCAACUGGAGUCACACCAGGUCUGGCUACCAGAACCCCCAGCAGUGGCCUGCAAUAUCAGCUGUCAAACCAUGAGGAAGAGUGGCUUGAAGCCACCACCAGAUCCUCUGCUUUUCCUCAAGUUCUCCCUAACAACAGUCUUCCUGCACAUGCCUCACACUCUUGCAGGUAGUUUAUUCCACACAGAUUUUUCUGGGUAAUUUCUAGCACCAGUUUGGGUUUGGUUAAAUGAGAUCAGCUGGCAAGAUGUAAAAACCCAUUAGAUUGGGGGAAAAUAAAAUGCAUCA